GACAUUCGGGAUUUAGUAGAGCUCACCGUGGGCAAGAUGGAGAUGUACCACCUGGUAGCAGCACUGUUCAUGGAGUCGUCCAUGGCCCUGUACUUUGAGGGCCGCAUACACCAUGUCACCCCGCCAUUCAUCGUCGGGCUCCUGUUCAUCUCCAUCGCUAGCGCUUACAUGUCCGGCACUCAGGGCUUGGAUUCAGGGACGUUGAGUUCCCG